GUCUCCUCUCAUCGUUGCCUUAACACUUGCUCAAUGAUAGAUGGCAUAACGAUAGGCUACCGAUCAAAAGUGAGCGCUGUGAUAAUCCGGUGUAGGUACGACGUGGUCGUACGCAAUAACUUUUAUAGCGUUUUUGUAGGACGAAAUUUUUGUAUAAAACAUGUCACUGCCACGUGGAAUGAUAGACAGUGUCGAAAACAUGAAGGUGGAACCAUCAAGUCCAAUAGAUCGAGAUCAUUAUCCAUUUUCACGUAGCAGCAGUACUGGAUCCCUUCACACACUGUCAUCAUCUGCCCACAACACAGGUGAGGGCCAAGGAGGUGUGGCCACCGGGAACAUGAGUAGCAGCAGUGGUCAUGAUGAUGAGGACAGUGACAACAAGAACUCGACAAUCAGCUACAAGGAACGGCGUCGUGAGGCUCACACCCAGGCUGAGCAGAAGCGUCGUGAUGCCAUAAAGAAGGGAUAUGACUCAUUGCAGGACCUCGUCCCGACCUGUCAGCAGACAGACAGUUCUGGAUACAAACUCAGCAAAGCCACUGUUCUGCAGAAGUCAAUCGAUUACAUUCAGUUUCUCGUGCAACAGAAGAAGAAGCAGGAGGAAGAACGCAAUGCUCUGCGCAAGGAGGUGGUGGCAUUGCGCAUUAUGCAGGCCAACUACGAGCAGAUAGUAAAGGCGCAUCAGAACCAACCUGGUCAGGCUGAUAUGAGAGUGUCGGAUGAAACCAAGUUUCAGGUGUUUCGAGCAAUAAUGGACCAACUGUUCCUCACUUUCAGCAACAUCCCUGUUGCUAACUUCGGAGAGCUGUCAGGUGGCGUUAUCAGCUGGCUGGAGGAACACUGCAAACCACAGGCGCUUCACCAGGUGGUUGUCUCUGUUCUUCGCCAGUUGAAUUCACAAGUGAUGCAGGGCAACUCGCGAGGAUAACUCGUACAUACACACGGCAUUAUGUUCCUUUGUUUUGUUGGCUAUACUCAUUUUAAGAGACUCGCGUAAUAAGAGAUUGUUGAAUAUGGUUCCGGCAUAUGCUCAUUCUUUUUACCUGGUUUUGGAAAUUGCUUAUUUGAUACAGCCUGUCAUUGUCUUCAUUAACAUUCAUUUAGAUCAGGGGUCGUCAACCUUUUAUACCUACCGCCCACUUUUGUGUCUUUGUUGAUGGUAAAAUUUCCUUACCGCCCACCGGUGCCGCACGUACUGCACACCGCCAUGAAAGAGGUACAGCUCGAAGACUGAGUGAUGGCCUGUGGUAAGCCCUGCUCUUGUUAUGCGUACUAAACUCAUGCCUUUGGCUACGGAGCUCAUUCGUUGCUCCCUCGUCCACAAGUAUACUUCAAGAAGUGUCCGGUGAAUUAUUAUCUAUAUUCAAAGUUUAGAGAUGGAAUUCAAAAGUAAAUUGCAAAAGCAUGUUUUAAAAAGUCAAAUUCGCGAAGUUGUUAGCAAUGUUUUCGAUAUAUGGAGGAAGAACAAAAUUUGUAACAAUGGACAAAAACCCCCACCGCCCACCAUGAAAGCUUGAAUCGCCCACUAGUGGGCGGUAGGGACCAGGUUGACGACCCCUGAUUUAGAUGGAUGGUAAAUGAACAGUAAAAGUGUCAUUGUCAGUUGUGGUGAAUUCUUUGUGUAUGUCCUUUUGAAAUUGGCAUUGAGGGUCGCUUGUCUGAAACAUUUAAUUUUUCCUUGUAUCAUAUUACUUUAUGUAAAGUUAAAAGAUUUCCCAUUUUCAAAAUAAAUUAUUGUAUGACAAAGUAUAGAUCUUAUGUAAGAUAUAAAAAUAUAUUUUGGUGCAGUGAAAUUGAAUAGAAUAUAGGUAAAAAAAAAUAUAUAUCCAUCCAUUUUAAAAGUGCUGCUACCAUUAGAAAACUUUUAUAAUAGUACAAAAGGGAUAUUAGAAUGGAGGGUGGGAGGAUGAAGGAUGAUAUGAAAUAUUAAGGUAAUGUAGGUACAGAAAAUGGGAAACAAAAUGUCAGGGAAAUAUGUGUUCCAUUUGUAUCACCUUCCCACUCUUAUGUUCAUCUCUGCAUCUGCCAUUCUACAUUUUAAAUUCAACUGUUCUCUUUUGUUUAGAGGUGAUGAUAACAUUUGAUGACAUUGACAGUGUUACUUGGACAUUCAUAAUAAUUAGUUCUUUGGCAUUUUUUGGGCCAUAUAGUCUUUGGGACUGGCACUGAAAGCUAUAAUUAAUAUUAAAUUUUCUGUAAUGCAGAGCAGGUUUCAGAAGAUAAACAUUUAUGGAAAAAAUGAGAGAAUGAAAUUAAUGUAUAAUUAGUUAAAAUAAUAUGAUAGAUGGAUAUAACAGAGCCAUGGUAUAUCUCAGUAGCAUGUAUCUUUAUGAAAAGUGCACUACAAUUUGAAUGUUGCUGAAGAAGUUUAUACUAGAAUCUGGAAGUGUAAUUGUUUUCAGAGGGUCGGCAUUUGUGCUGGAAGCUGUACCAUCUUUGGAACAUACAGUGGUGUAGAUGUAACAUUGAUCUGUCAAUCAUGAGGCACACCUAAGCAAAUUUUAAUUGCACAUAUUAUUAUAUUUAUGUAGGAGGUUGUAAAAUAAGAAUUUUUGCCAUAACAGAUUGGUAUAAAUUACAAAGUGCCCUUUGUGUGUGUCUGUUGUCUGUCUUUUGCUUAUAGACUGUAGUUAGGCAUGUGGAAUGACAGUUUUUUCAUGUAAUUAUUUUACAGUUACAAAAUUUAUAAUCGAAUCAAAUGGAAAGAAUUUAUUAUUCAUUAACCAUAAUGAAGUGACCCAUCCUCUCCACUGCCAUUCUAUGUCUAAAAGAGCAUCAGGGCUAUGGCAGUGGAAGCAGCAAAGACGUCUAAAACGCUGGUAAACUUCUGCCAGACUGUGAGGUGCCCCAACCCAUUGGACAAUGUCUUAGAAUUAAUUGUUAAUUAUAGUGAUUUUAAUAACUUAACAUUUAGAAUGUGUUGGAAAAUGUUAUCAUUUUUAGACGUAUAAAAACAAAACUGUAGCAUAAAUUAAAGCUAUCUCCGCUGAGUUACCGUUGGAAAAGCAAAUGAAUUGUGUGUUUGGCAAAUGUCAUUUAUUUCGUGAAUAAAUGGAAAGGCUAUCGA